UCCCCUCGGAGAAGCGUAGGUAGGCGAGCGGAGAAGAAUUUAAGAGUCCAGAAGGAUUCAAUAAAAAGAAAGCCUUCGAGGAGAGGAGAGGAGAGGAGAGGAGGGAAGAGAAGAGAGAGAGGGUGGAGUGAGCGGAGCGGGGGAUCGCCGGCGAUGAUGGAGCUGAACGUGACGGCUCCGCCGGCGGGAAGCCCGCCGCCGGGGAAAGAGCAGCAGGCGGCGGGGGUGGGGAUCCUGCUCCAGAUCUCGAUGCUGGUGCUUUCCUUCGUCCUCGGCCAUGUCCUCCGCCGCAAGAAGUUUUACUACCUCCCCGAGGCCAGUGGCUCUCUCCUAAUCGGUUUAAUUGUUGGUGUACUUGCUAACAUUUCAAAUACAGAAACCAGCAUCAGGACGUGGUUCAAUUUCCAUGAAGAAUUUUUCUUCCUCUUCUUAUUACCUCCGAUUAUAUUUCAAUCAGGGUUCAGCUUAGCACCAAAACCAUUCUUUUCAAAUUUUGGAGCCAUAGUCACGUUUGCAAUUUUAGGGACGUUUAUUGCAUCAAUUGUUACGGGGAUUUUAGUAUACCUUGGUGGACUAACAUUUCUCAUGUAUAGACUGCCAUUGGUGGAAUGCCUUAUGUUUGGUGCUCUUAUAUCAGCGACAGAUCCUGUCACUGUGUUAUCCAUAUUUCAGGAACUUGGCACUGAUAUGAACCUCUAUGCCUUGGUGUUUGGAGAGUCUGUUCUAAAUGAUGCAAUGGCGAUCUCCUUGUACAGGACAAUGUCAUCAGUAAGAAGUCAUGCUUCAUCAGGACAAAACUUUUUUAUGAUUAUUGUGAGAUUUCUUGAGACGUUUGUUGGUUCAUUGUCUUCAGGGGUUGGAGUUGGGUUCACAUCUGCUCUCCUCUUUAAGUAUGCCGGAUUGGACAUUGACAAUCUUCAGAAUUUGGAGUGCUGUCUGUUUGUCCUUUUCCCUUAUUUUUCCUACAUGCUAGCAGAGGGUCUUGGCCUGUCUGGAAUUGUUUCUAUAUUGUUCACUGGAAUUGUCAUGAAGCAUUAUACCUUCUCAAAUUUGUCAGAAAACUCUCAACGCUUUGCUACUGCUUUUUUCCACCUUAUAUCAUCAUUGGCUGAAACUUUUGUAUUUAUAUAUAUGGGUUUUGAUAUUGCUAUGGAACAACAUAGCUGGUCACACGUUGGAUUUAUCUUUUUCUCAAUUCUGUUCAUAGGAGUUGCAAGGGCGGCAAAUGUGUUUGGUUGUGCUUACUUGGUCAAUUUGGUUCGUCCAGCACAUCGCCAAAUACCCUCAAAAUACCAGAAGGCUCUUUGGUACAGUGGACUUAGAGGGGCUAUGGCUUUUGCUCUUGCUCUGCAAUCAAUCCAUGACCUUCCUGAAGGGCAUGGCCAAACAAUAUUCACAGCUACCACUGCGAUAGUUGUCCUGACGGUUCUAUUGAUUGGGGGCUCAACUGGCACCAUGCUUGAAGCUCUGGAAGUCGUAGGUGAUGAUUACGAUGGUCCAAUUGGAGAACAGAGCUACGAGGGAAACAAUGGCUAUGUUGCCCCAUCUUAUGAAGAGGGUACUUCAUCUGGGAGUAGGCUAAAGAUGAAACUCAAAGAGUUCCAUGAAAGCACUACAUCUUUCACUGCAUUGGAUAAAAAUUAUCUCACUCCAUUUUUCACGAGUCAAAAUGAUGAUGAAGAGGAUUUUGGUGAGCCAACCCAGGAUAAGCGAAGAGGGGGCUUCCGAGGGCAUGGGUAGGUGUCCGGAGUUAAACUGGUUAAUGCCCCUCCAGAGCCCAAUCAAAUUUCAUUGGCAGCUUCUACAAAUGACAGCUAAAUAGAUGUUUCUCACUUGCAAACUGAUGGAUGCAUUGAUAUUAUAAAUUUGCCAUACACAAUUUUUACAUGUGAUUCAAGGGAUAGAUUAUACACGACAGCAUGGUCGAUUACUGAGAUGAUCAAAUUCUAGAUAAGUAUGUAAAUAUCAGCUAUUAUAUAAAAGAAACGGAUGCCAGUAAUGUCCAUCUAAUUUCCAUAUGGGUUACUGGUCUUGGUGCAAA